AUGAAGCGUUCAACAACGGCUGCGAUAAUAUUUCUUCCCAUGUUUUAUGCGGGGAUGUUUUUGCCUGAUACAAGAUCUUCUUAUUGCAAAAUACUAUGCUUGGACGCAAUACUUCAAACUCGAGUGUUCACUGGUUUCAGACUGGAUUGUAGAGCAGAGAAAUCUAAUGAGUGUUACCAGAAUCUCUGUAGACUUGUUAACAAACAUCCGACAUCCGAGUGUCCCGGAAUCUGUCGAUUCACGGCAGCAGAAUACAAUAGAAUCGGUAUGAUAGACCCCAGAAAAGGAGGCAGAAUGUCUCCUCGAAUUUGUUCGAAUCCUGCUUGGACUACUACUACUUCUACUUUUAAAAGAAGAAAAGCAACAACAGUUACGGACUUUCGCAGUUGUACAAGUCUCUGCGAAUACUUAUUUCCACGCAUUCUUGAACUUAAUUCUCGUUGUCCUUAUGACGAUGAAAAUACAUGUUAUCAUUAUCACUGCAACACACUUCUUAAGCAAGGAUUGACGGUCGUUCGCGAAUUUGCCGUCGAUGCUUGUCCCACGCUGUGUAUGUCCAUGGCAGCAGUAAUGGAACGCUGCGAAAUGGAAUGCAUGAGAAAAAAGAACAAAACCGAAAUUUUUAUGACUUGUUCGAAUAUUGAUAGUACAUCAGAGACGACUACAAUGCCUUCACCAACGUGGUUCCCUGCGACUCCCCCAGGUACCGAUUUCAGCGAUUGCAGAAACCACUGCGAACACCUAUUCCGUGAAAUUCUUAGAAAUUAUCCUAGUUGCACUCAUAGUGACGAACACCAAUGUUAUUAUGAAAAUUGCGUCCAACUUCUUAACGGUAAAGUGGAGGCCGCUCGCAAAGAUAUCGAAGAGGAAUGUCCUCAAAUAUGUUCGACCAUGGGACAUGCAAUGCCUGAUAUUGACGUAGCUAAAGAUAUGAGUAGAAUGGAAAUUCGUAGAUUUUGUUUGGAAUCGUUAGAGAGGACCACAAACUCUCCCACAACGAUUACCUACCCAAACGAGGAAUUUUCCGAUUGCAAAGAACUAUGUGAAAAUGUAUUUCCUAUAACUCUCAAACCUAGAAAAUUUUUUUGUGAGGAUAAAGGAAAGCCAUUCAAUCCUUGUGUUCUUAGUUCUUGCAAAAAAUCUAUUAGCCGAGUAAGUAUGGACAAUGGCCAAGAUGGCAAGGAUGCUUGUCCAAAAAUGUGUUCGACCAUGGCAGUUGCAAUGCGUGGCCGCGACAUGAAUAGACGACUGUUUAGUAGAAAGAAGAUUGAAGAAUUUUGUUCGAAAAUUGUUUCAACGUCUGAGGGGACCACAAACUCUCCCACAACAACCGCGAUUACCUACCCAAACGAGGAAUUUUCCGAUUGCAAAGAACUAUGUGAAAACGUAUUUCCCAAAACUCUCAAACCUAGAGAAUUUUUUUGUGAGGAUGAAGGGAAACCAUUCAAUCCUUGUGUUCUUAGUUCUUGUAAAAAAAUUAUCAGCAGAAUACUUAUGGAGGAUGGCCAAGAUGGCGAGGAUGCUUGUCCAAAAAUGUGUUCGUCCAUGGCAACUGCAAUGCGUGGCCGCAACAUGGAUAGACGAAAGCUUAGUAAAGAGAAGAUUCAAAAAUUUUGUUCGAAAAUUGUUUCAACGUCUGAGGGGACCACAAACUCUCCCACAACAACUGCGAUAACCUACCCAAACGAGGAAUUUUCCAAUUGCAAAGAGCUAUGUGAAUACGUAUUUCCUAAAAUUCUCAAAUCUAAAGAGUUUCUUUGUGAGGAUAAAGGAAAGCCAUUCAAUCCUUGUGUUCUUAGUUCUUGCAAAAAAUCUAUUAGCCGAGUAAGUAUGGACAAUGGCCAAGAUGGCAAGGAUGCUUGUCCAAAAAUGUGUUCGACCAUGGCAGUUGCAAUGCGUGGCCGCGACAUGAAUAGACGACUGUUUAGUAGAAAGAAGAUUGAAGAAUUUUGUUCGAAAAUUGUUUCAACGUCUGAGGGGACCACAAACUCUCCCACAACAACCGCGAUUACCUACCCAAACGAGGAAUUUUCCAAUUGCAAAGAGCUAUGUGAAUACGUAUUUCCUAAAAUUCUCAAAUCUAAAGAGUUUCUUUGUGAUCAUAAAGAAAAACCAUUCAAUCCUUGCAUUCUUAGUUCUUGUAAAAAAGUUACCUGCCAAACAUUUAUGGGCGACGGUCAAGAUGCGAAUGAUGCUUGUCCCAGCAUGUGUUGGUCUAUAGCAGUUGCAAUGCGUGGCCGCGACAUGGAUAGACGACAUUUUGAUAAGGACAAGAUUCGGGAAUUUUGUUCGAGUAUUAAUUCGACAUCAGGGAGGGCCACAAAUCCUCCAACAAGCGCAGUGGCGACCUGUCCAAACGAGAAAUUUUCCAACUGCAGAGAUUUAUGCGAAUAUGCACUAACUGAAACACUUUCUGAUCAUCCUCGUCUUUGUUGGGAACAAAAAAAGUCAGCCAGUCUUUGUAUUCAUUAUGCUUGCGAAAUAGUUGUUCGCCAAAAUCUGAUGCUUGAACAUGUUUGUCCUCAAAUGUGCCCUUCCAUGAUAGCUGCAGUGCGUGAUGUGGAAAAACUAGAUUCUCGUAGUAAAAACAUCAUUCUUGGGCUUUGUUCAAGUGUUUCUAUGUCGCCUAGGAUAUUUCCUGGUUGUCCAAUCACAGACACUGAUAUCCCCACCACAACUACUGAGAAGCUCACCACAACCACUGAGACGCUCGCAACAACCACAAAGAUGCCCGACACAACCACAAAGAUGCCCGACACAACCACAAAGAUGCCCGACACAACCAAAAAGAUGCCCGACACAACCAAAAAGAUGCCCGACACAACCACUGAAAUGCCUUUAUAA